CGGGAAUUGUAGUCGGAUGAGAACUUUCUGCCUGGAGGGACGGGAGAUCCGGAACUACCGGACCCAGAGGGCCGCGCGCCGAGGGGAGCUGCUUUCAGGAGUUCCCCGCCAACACCCGACCUAGAGCCGACUUCCAGGAGCAGUUCUCGUCUUGGAGGUAUCUUCGAGCCUGCCAGCCCUUUCCCCGCCUACGAGGGAGACCCGGGUGCCAGAUUUGUCGCCGCACUCCCCACGUACCUUCCCUGCCUCCCAGAGCAUCAGUUGGCCCCUCCGUAAGGGAGUGCUCGGUGCCCCCUCCCUAUGUCACCCCCGUGAUGCCCCUGUCCCGCUGGCUGAGAUCUGUGGGGGUCUUCUUGCUGCCAGCCUCUUGCUGGGCGCCCCGGGAAAGGUGGCUGGGUCUCCACCGGCGGCCCUCCCUGGUGCACGGGUUCCCAGUCCUGGGGGCCUGGCACAGUGCCCGCUGCUGGUGCCAAACGUGGACAGAGGAGCCUCGAGCACUUUACUCCUCCCUCAGAAUGAAUGGAGACCAGAAAUUGGACGCUUAUGCCCAAGCAAGGCAGGAUUUCAUCCAGCACUUCCCCCAGAUUGUCAAGAUACUGACUGAGGAUGGCAUGGGCCACCCGGAGACAGGAGACGCCAUUGCCCGGCUCAAGGAGGUCUUGGAGUACAAUGCUGUUGGAGGCAAGUACCAGCGGGGUUUGACAGUGCUGAUAGCAUUUCAGGAGCUGGUGGAGCCCAGGAAGCAGGAUGCUGCUAGUCUGCGGCGGGCCCUGACUGUGGGCUGGUGUGUGGAGCUGCUCCAGGCUUUCUUCCUGGUGUCAGAUGACAUCAUGGACUCGUCCCUCACCCGACGGGGGCAGAUCUGUUGGUAUCAGAAGCCAGGCAUAGGCUUGGAUGCCAUCAAUGACGCUUUGCUUCUGGAAGCAUGUAUCUACCGCCUGCUGAAGGUCUACUGCCGGGAGCAGCCCUAUUACCUGAACCUGAUUGAGCUUUUCCUCCAGAGUUCCUACCAGACUGAGAUUGGACAGACCCUGGACCUCAUCACCGCCCCCCAGGGCAGCGUGGAUCUCAGCAGGUUCACUGAGAAGAGGUACAAGUCUAUUGUCAAGUAUAAGACGGCCUUCUACUCAUUCUACCUUCCUGUGGCCGCUGCCAUGUAUAUGGCAGGCAUCGAUGGGGAGAAAGAGCAUGCCAAUGCUAAGAAGAUCCUGCUGGAGAUGGGGGAGUUCUUUCAGAUUCAGGAUGAUUUCCUGGAUCUCUUUGGGGACCCCAGUGUGACGGGCAAGAUUGGCACAGACAUUCAGGACAACAAGUGCAGCUGGCUGGUGGUUCAGUGUCUGCAGCAGGCAUCUCCAGAGCAGCGCAAAGUCCUUCAGGAGAAUUAUGGGCAGAAGGAGGCGGAGAAGGUGGCCCGAGUGAAGGCGCUGUACGAGGAGCUGAACCUGCCGGCUGUUUUCACGCAGUAUGAGGAAGACAGCUAUAGCCGCCUCAUGAGCCUCAUUGAGCGGUGCGCCUCACCCCUGCCCCCAGCCAUCUUUCUGGGGCUGGCGCACAACAUCUACAAGAGGAAAAAGUGACCUAGAGACGGCGAGGGUGGGGCGGGGCGGCUCUCAAUAAAUUGUCCAAUCUUCUCGUG